GCCACGUCCUGCGUGCCUUCGCCACCCGAAAAUAUUUUGUCCGUAGCUUUUUGCCUCCCUGAAUCCUUUUCUUCCUCCUCUUUCCCCUAGUGAUGUAGCAGAUUAGGUUUUUUUUUUUUUUUGAAGGUCAGUACCUUUUCCUGUUUGACCUGUUUCCAUUGCGUCCUUAAGUGUUUUUAAAAUUUUACGCCCUCAUUCCAUGAGUUCUGUCCUUAACGGGUGUCCUUGCGCCUGCAUUGGAGGACCCUACCCGUGGAGGAAAUGGUUCACUCUGGUCCCCAUCGCUUUUCCAGGCUUGCUAUUGUGCGCCCAUGAUCGACAAGACCACGAGGCUGAGUGCGCCCAGGAGAUUUCUCUGUUAAUGGCUUUAAGCCCUAAUCUAGACUAUUUCCUCGGAUAAUAGGGAGACAAUUACUUUCUUGUUCUUUGCUGGUGAACCCUGGCGCAGCAGGGCGAAUCUGGAAUUUAACCAGUCUGCUCGAAGCCAGCGGUGAAGGAAAAAAACAGCCGCGACCUCCGACAGGGCAGAAAGAGAAGGACAGCUCUCGCAGGACGCUCUCCUUUGGGGCUAGUGCCUGGGUGUUUGAUCCUCUUUUUCCUGUUUGCUUGGGGACCAGACCCGAGCGCAGCCAAGGGUGUGAUGGACUGCAAUAAUGGAUGCUCCGCAGAAGGUACUGGAGAAGGCGGAUCCAAAGAGGCGGUGGAGACUUUCAAGGCUGAAGAUCUAAUAAUCACACGAGCCACCGUUUUAAAGGAAAAACCAGACCCCAGUACUCUGGUUUUUGGAACGGUUUUUACGGAUCAUAUGCUAACAGUGGAGUGGUCCUUGGAGCUUGGAUGGGAGAAACCACGCAUCAAACCUCUUCAAAACCUCUCACUGCAUCCGGGUUCAUCAGCUUUCCACUAUGCUGUGGAAUUAUUUGAAGGAUUGAAGGCAUUUCGGGGAGUAGAUAAUAAAAUUCGUCUGUUUCGGCCAAACCUCAACAUGGAUAGGAUGUACCGAUCUGCUAUGAGGGCCACUCUGCCGGCGUUUGACAAGAAAGAGCUUUUAGAGUGUAUUCGGCAGCUUGUGAAAUUGGAUGAGGAGUGGGUCCCCUACUCAACAUCUGCGAGUCUGUAUAUUCGUCCUACGUUCAUUGGAACUGAGCCUUCUCUGGGAGUCAAGAAGCCGACUAAAGCCCUGCUUUUUGUAAUCUUGAGCCCAGUGGGACCUUAUUUUUCCAGUGGAAGCUUUAAUCCUGUGUCCCUGUGGGCCAACCCGAAGUAUGUAAGAGCCUGGAAAGGUGGGACCGGAGACUGCAAGAUGGGAGGGAAUUAUGGCUCAUCUCUUUUUGCCCAAUGCGAAGCAGUGGAAAAUGCAUGUCAGCAGGUUCUGUGGCUCUAUGGAGAAGAUAAUCAAAUAACUGAAGUUGGAACUAUGAAUCUUUUUCUUUAUUGGAUAAAUGAAGAUGGAGAAGAAGAACUGGCAACUCCUCCGCUAGAUGGCAUCAUUCUUCCAGGAGUGACAAGGCAGAGCAUCCUCGACUUGGCACACAAGUGGGGUGAAUUUAAGGUAUCCGAGAGAUACCUCACCAUGGCUGACUUGACCACAGCUGUGGAGGAGAGCCGCGUGAGGGAGAUGUUUGGUUCCGGUACCGCCUGUAUUGUUUGCCCCGUUUCGACUAUACUGUACAAGGGUGAGACUAUACACAUUCCAACUAUGGAGAAUGGUCCUAAGCUUGCAAGCCGCAUCUUAGAAAAACUGACUGAUAUUCAGUAUGGAAGAGAGGAGAGCGACUGGACAAUCACAGUAGCCUGAAUGGAAAAGAACAGGAUAUCAUUUGUGUGCGCUUGGGACAGACUGUUGCAUUUGGAUUAUGAGAAAUGUCUUUGGCUGCCUGAUUUUAGUUGUGCAUCUUGUUGUUUGUAUUAUCUGUGUUCCCAGGGCGAUUGUUUCCUCAUGCCAGAGAAGAUGAAUCACAAUCAUCCAAUGGUAGUUUCUAAAUUUGCCCCUAGAAGCUUUCCUUACCUUCUCUAGAGAGUGGAUUAUGGAAGCCAUGUAAGUCUAGAAUUUUCCUCCAUAAUCUUAGUGCCUCCUUUAGGGCUUCACUCAGAUUUUUAAAAAAUUCUUUAUUCUUUAGCAUAAGUUAUGUCCUGCUUCUCAACCAGUGAGUGUCUUUGUGUUUGAAAGCUGAUCUGAGUACAUUUCAUAGGUACCAUUGCCCGGGCCACAUCUCCAUCCUCAGAAAAGUGUGUUGUUGUUUAUAAAUCAAGACUUAGAGAAACUGGAUUUCUUUCCCGGCCCCCUAAGUCCAUCUUAGGGAGAAUCUCUCCUCCUUCCUGACAUCACAGUCUGCACCAGGCUCCACUGGUACAUCAACAAGACUACCCCUGCUGUCUCCACACUGUGUUGUAAUUCUUGGGCAGGCUUCACUACGGGACUGAGGGUCUUGUGCCUUAUAGAUCUUUGCAUCCCCCAGCCUGGCCCAUAGUAAGGAAUGAAUGAACAUUUAGCUUCUAUAGAAGUGUACCUUCUUUGUUUCUAUAUUAUGAAACCUCUUUAUUAGAAUUUGUGAUUGGUUCUGACUUUCUCUAUAUUUACCUCAUGUCUCUUUAGCUUCCAUGGACUGCCAAGUCAUUAGAGAUACUCUGAUCGUAGUUUGUUGGAGGAAUGAUUUAUUUGAAGACUGUCUUGGAAUUAAAGUAAUAAUUCUAGAAAGAUGGUGAUAUCAUACCAGCCAAAUGGAAAUGACAUGUUAUAUGUUAAAUACAUAAAUGUUUAAGUGUUAAAUACAAAAUAAAUCAUAUUUAGUUUUUUGGUAGAAAG